CCUAACUUUCCCUCUUCACAUUACACACUUCCUCUCUUCAACCCCAACAACCAAACAACUUUCUCCCAAUCAUCUGUCUGCUGCACACAAUCACCAUCGCCCGCACGCUCAUUUGAUCCCGCCAACCAUGUCAUUCCUUCGUCGUUUCGUCUCAACCUCUUCCACCACAGCCUCCAAGAUGUCCGCCCCCAACGCCUACUUCGACAUCAGCAUCAACAAGCAGCCCGCUGGCCGCAUCGUCUUCAAGCUCUACGACGACGUUGUCCCCAAGACUGCCGCCAACUUCCGUGCCCUCGCUACCGGCGAGAAGGGCUACGGCUACGCCGGCUCGGGAUUCCACCGUGUCAUCCCCGACUUCAUGCUCCAGGGCGGUGACUUCACCCGCCACAACGGCACUGGCGGCAAGUCGAUCUACGGCGAGAAGUUCGCCGACGAGAACUUCAAGCUCCGCCACGACCGCCCCUUCCUCCUCUCGAUGGCCAACGCCGGCCCCAACACCAACGGCUCGCAGUUCUUCAUCACCACCGUUGUCACCUCGUGGCUCGACGGCAAGCACGUCGUCUUCGGUGAGGUCGUUGAGGGCAAGGACCUCGUCCAGAAGAUCGAGUCGCUCGGCUCGCAGUCUGGCAAGACCAAGGCCGAGAUCAAGAUCGAGGCCUCGGGCACCGUCUAA